CUCCUCGCUUUCUUCCCACGACGAAAGGAAAGGAAAGGAAAGCAAUCAGAGAGAGAGAGAGAGAGAGAGAGAUCUAUACCAAGAAAAACAAAAAAAAAAAAAAAACAGAGAGAGAGAGAGAGGAAGAGAUGAAGAUCACGGCGCUGGCGGUGCUGAAGUGCAGUCCGGAGGGGUCGGAUCCGGUGAUAUUGGCGCAGUCGUUGGACGUGAGCCACUUCGGAUACUUUCAGAGGUCGAGCGUGAAGGAGUUCAUUGUCUUUGUAUCUCGCACCGUCGCCAGGCGCACUCCUCCCUCCCAGCGCCAAUCCGUCCAGCACGAAGAGUACAAGGUGCAUGCUUACAACAGAAAUGGCCUUUGUGCAUUGGGCUUUAUGGAUGAUCACUACCCAGUUCGAAGCGCCUUUUCUCUGCUCAAUCAGGUGAUAGAUGAGUAUCAGAAAAAUUUUGGUGAUUCAUGGAAGACUGCACAAGCAGAUACUACCCAACCAUGGCCCUAUCUGAGUGAAGCUUUGACAAAAUUCCAGGAUCCUGCGGAGGCUGACAAGUUGUUGAAAAUUCAGAGGGAAUUGGAUGAAACUAAAAUUAUCCUUCAUAAAACUAUUGACAGUGUACUUGCACGAGGUGAGAAACUGGACAGUUUAGUUGAGAAGAGUUCAGAUCUCAGUGCAGCAUCACAGAUGUUCUACAAGCAGGCAAAGAAGACAAAUCAGUGUUGUACCCUAUUGUGAGCUUCUGAGGCAAGCGGCUGCAGCUAUUCUGUAAUGGCACGCUGAUGGGUGACAAAUAGUGACUGUAAUGUGUUUAUAUUGUUUGUCAAUUGUUUGCUUGGCAAACUUCUGUGGAUUUCCCCACAUCUUCUAGACCGAAGAAAGAAAGGAAACCGAAACAGUGUCUCAGCAGGAGAUCUUUCUAUUAUAGUAUUUAUGUGCUUGGCAAGCUUUAUUCC